AUGGGUCAGACUCUAUCAGAGCCCGUUGUCGAAAAGACUUCGGAGAAGAGUGAGGAUGAGCGCCUCAUCUACGGUGUUUCGGCCAUGCAAGGCUGGCGCAUUAGUAUGGAGGAUGCCCACACCGCAGUACUCGACCUCGACUCAGCCAAGUCUCACUCCAGCAAGCUGUCCUUCUUCGGCGUUUUCGACGGACACGGUGGUGACAAGGUGGCACUAUUUACCGGCCAAAACAUUCACAACAUUAUCUUCAAGCAGGACACUUUCAAGUCUGGUGACUAUGCUCAGGGUCUGAAGGAUGGUUUUCUCGCGACCGAUCGCGCUAUUCUCAACGACCCCAAGUACGAAGAAGAAGUUUCCGGUUGCACAGCCUGUGUCAGCUUGAUCGCUGGCAACAAGCUCUAUGUUGCCAACGCUGGUGAUUCGAGAGCUGUUCUUGGUAUCAAGGGUCGUGCCAAGCCUUUAUCCCAGGACCACAAGCCCCAACUCGAGAACGAGAAGAACCGAAUCACAGCUGCCGGUGGCUUUGUCGACUUCGGCCGAGUGAACGGAAACCUCGCCCUCUCGCGUGCUAUUGGUGAUUUUGAAUUCAAGAAGAGUGCUGAGUUGUCCCCCGAGAACCAAAUUGUUACAGCCUAUCCCGAUGUUGAGCAACAUGAUCUUACAGACGAGGAUGAAUUCCUGGUCAUUGCUUGUGAUGGUAUCUGGGAUUGCCAAUCCUCUCAAGCCGUGGUCGAGUUUGUCCGACGAGGCAUCACUGCCAAGCAGGAGCUCGAUAAGAUUUGCGAGAACAUGAUGGACAACUGUCUUGCCUCCAACUCCGAGACCGGUGGAGUUGGCUGCGACAACAUGACCAUGGUCAUCAUCGGCUUCCUCAACGGAAAGACCAAGGAAGAGUGGUACGAGGAGAUCGCCCGCCGGGUCGCCAACGGAGAUGGCCCUUGUGCUCCCCCUGAGUACGCCGAAUUUCGAGGACCUGGAGUCCACCACAACUUUGAGGAUAGCGACAGUGGCUAUGAGAUGGAUCCUGAAAACAAGGGACGAAGCUUUGGAGUUGGUGGGUACCGAGGCCGGAUCAUUUUCCUCGGCGAUGGCACUGAGGUUCUUACGGAUUCAGAUGAUACAGAAAUGUUUGACAACGCCGACGAAGACAAAGACCUCGCGAGUCAGGUCACCAAAAACCCGUCCUCCGCCGAGAAGGACACCGUUCCUGUAACCGCCCCUGGCGCCGCCGCCGAUAACGCUUCCGCCGAUACGAAACCCGCCGAUGCAACCGUUACGAAGCCCACCGACAAGGACGCAGCGGAGGAGGUGAAGAAGGAGGCCAGUGCCCAGGAAAUCAAGAAGGAAGAAUAG